AAGCAUGAAGUAGCCGGGCGGAAAACUGUAAGCGAGUCGGAACGGAACCUGAGAAAAUGUCAGCAAAUUUAGUACAAAAGAAGUCAAACAAACUAACGAAACUGAACAGCAGCAAUUUGGAGCAGGAGAAGCCAACGAGGGCAAACGAGGCAAUUGCUGUUGUGGGCGUGGCAGGUGGAAAACAUAUUGCGAGCAUAUCGCAGAUGCUGCAAUACGAUAUCGAUAAUACGCUGAAUGCGCUCAAAGAGCAACAGCGGAAUGCGCUAAUGGAACAGACAACCAUCAGCAAGAACAACGACAGGAACAGGAACAGGAACAACUCGGACGAGGACAACAAUUUGGAGAUGCCCGCACAGAGCGCCAGCAUAGCUGUCAGUCCCAGCCUCGAGCUGGAGGUGGAGAACAUUGUGACGGGCAAAUCGUGUUUGGGCGUUGCCAACGCCCCCUUUAUGCCGCCCACGCCGCCUGCCACGCCCAAUUUACAGAAUACGGCACAGAAGCGUUGGCGCAUUCUGGCCAAGGUCUUGCGCAAGGAUUCCGAGGAAACUGUCAGCUCGUCCAGCGAUGAAUUUGGCGAGGAGCAAACCGCCUCCGUGCGCCGUUUCAAGAGCUUCGACCUGCUGCGCCAGGAUAGCUUCGAGGAUCAUGUGAGCCUGAAGUGUCUGGGCAAGACGGAGAACUGGUACAAGUAUCGGAUGCAGCUGCACAACGACAUCGAGUACUCGGUGAACAUACAUCAUAUGGACCGCCAGCUGACGGCCAGCGAUCUGAUGGGCUUCAAUAAUACGGGCAACAUAUGCGUCUGGCCGUCGGAGGAGGCGCUCACCGCGCUGGUGCUAUCGGAUUUGGCCGCAUAUCGCGGCAAGUGGAUACUGGAGCUGGGCGGCGGCUUCACCUCGCUGGCGGGCCUGAUGCUGGCCAAAUAUGCCAAGCCCUAUGCGGUGCAUCUGACCGACGGCAAUGAGGUGAGCGUCGAGAAUGUCCGCAAAACUGUUUGCCUCAACGAGCUGAGCUGCUACACCAAAUGCUCCGUCCUCAAGUGGCAGGAGGCAGCGGUACGCGCCGCCGCCGAACAGUCCAAAUUUGAGUUUAUAUUGUGUGCGGACUGUCUGUUCUUCGAUGAGGCCAGAUCGGCGCUGGUCGAUACCAUCUGGUAUUAUUUGGCGCCGCAGGGUGUGGCACUCAUAAUGGCGCCCCGUCGCGGUCGCACCCUGAAUGUGUUCCGGGAUGAGUGUGUGGCGCGUGGCUUUCGCGUUGACCUUGCCACACGCUACAACGAGACCAUCUGGCAGCGUCAUCUGCAGCUCAAGGCGGACUCGGCCCUCUACGACGAGGAUCUUCACUAUCCUCUGCUUUUGCGCCUCUGCAAGUCGCAUAGCUAGAGAAGUGCGCGGGUUGCGGGUUGUCGAAGUAGGUUCAAUUAAAGUUUAGUCAAUGUUUUAGUUAAUAGCAAGCAAAUUCCAGUUUACACCUAAACAAUUUUUAAAUAAAUGUUAAAAAAUAAAAACACAAAAAAAUACACCAAAAAGGCCAGACGAGCCCAAAAAAAAUUGUUCCUCUCACAAUGCAACAACAAAA